AUGGAUAGCAAAGCACCUGCAGACAACGCAAGAAAGGACCUCAGGCCGAUCAAGCGAUUUGUCACCACCCAUACACCCGAGGGAACCACUACCUUCUCGAACGCCUUAUCUGAGGACGCUCCCUUUCAAACCCUCCCAGACAAUGUCGAUUUUGCUCUCUGCUAUGCAACCGACCAAUUCCCGGUCAACCUCAAUGAUGAAACAGAUAUUGAUACCUAUCGGCACUACACUGAAAACCUUCCUGGAAUCACUCUACCCACGGGAACAGUCCUUCGCGUCGUGGAUAUACCUCCUGGCGCGAUAUCGCCUAUGCAUCGCACCAUCAGCUUGGAUUAUGGAGUCGUCUUGGAAGGGGAGAUCGACUUGAUCCUUGACUCUGGUGAGAAGCGAGUCAUGAAAAGAGGUGAUAUCUCAGUCCAGCGGGGGACCAAUCAUGCUUGGAAGAAUAGAAGUGAGGAAUCAUGGGCACGAAUGCUGUAUGUUUUGCAGCCGGCUACAAGCCUGAGAGUUGCCGGUCAGGAACUUCACGAUAACUCGAUGCAUACUAUUCCUGGGUAUGAGGAAGAGGGGGGCAAGAACUAG